GACUUCUCAGGCAACAUGGGUGUCAUAAAUGGCGUUGGCAACAACUGCAGGCGCGAGUUCAUGCAGCUCGAGAUGGAGCGUCGUGAGCUCGACUCGGGCGCCAGCGUACUCGCUGCCAUUGGCGGCCACGCUGUACGCUCCAUCGACGACAACAUCAACCUACUCGCCACGCGUGACCUCGGCCGACUUGCCGACGUCCUCGGCGUUCGCGCCGCCGGCCACGACGCCGACGAGGCGACUCACUACCGCCGCGAUAUCGGGCUCGAGUGCGCGACUUCGACCUGCGACGAGUUCGCUAAGCGCGAAGCGGAGGAGAUCCUUGCGAUGCACGCGCGUGGCCUUGGCUUCUUCGUCGAGGAGUAAAU